AGAAGAUGACCCCCCGGAGCUCCGACCGUCUGAGGACCAGGGCGAAUCGCCAGUUCCGGCUCCCCAGUAGAGACGAGGUCCUCAGCCGCAUCGUUCCUAAAGACAGCAAAGAGACACCGAGCAAGUCUCUGGCAGAGCUCAGACCAAGAAAGCUGGUCAACAACUUCCUUAAAGUGAACAACAGGUACAACUAUGACCCAGACUUCACAGACUCAGACACUUCCCUGGGCGGGUUCUUAGAUGAUGAGGAAGAGAAAGAGGAAGAAGGAAACUCAACAAGUGACGGAGAAGAUAAUGAAGAUGGUUCAAGAAGUCAGACAAGUCAGUCGUCAUCUUCUGAGGAGGAAGAAUGUCUUAAACGCUCGAAGAGGCCAAGGGGAAGGCAGAAGUUACGUGAGAUCAGAAAGGAGAAAUUACUUGACAGAGAAACAGACAGUGACGAUGAGGAUGAAAUGUGCACAACAACAAAGAAGAGAAGAAGGCGACAGUCAUCUGUCCUGGAUGACAGCAGCUCAAACGAGGACCAACCAGAAGAGGGGAGGAAACAAUCACGUAGAGCAGAGUCACUGAAGAGAAAGAAAAGAAAGCAAAACUUCUUUGAAGAGUACAGGGCAAAGAGAGCUCUCCGAAAAGCAAAAGUUUAGUAUUGAGAUGAAAUGUCCAUAUAUAUUCAAGUCUAUUUUGAUUAUCAUAAGGAAGUACAUUUUGUGCAUUAUUGAAAUGGAGCAAUAAUUUAUUUCAUUA